UCGUAAGGAGGAAACUCCAAAGUCGCCCCGCUGCAGUCCUCCUCGGGAGGCUUUGAGUGAAAUGAGUAGCGGGGCUCCCGGGACUUUAAGCGUCAAUAAAACCGCGGAGUCUCCGGUUUCUGGCAGCGGUAAUAAAAGGAGGGAUUCACUGGGGUCCACCUCCUCAUGUCCAAUUUUUAAAGAUGUUGGUGAAAUAUAUUCUCGACUUCUGGACCACAGACCAGUUAUUCAAGGAGAAAUUCGUUAUUUCAUCAAAGAAUUUGAAGAAAAAAGGGGUCUCCGAGAAUUGCGGGUACUUGAAAACUUAAACAACACAAUAUUUGAGGCAAAUGACAAGAUUUUACCAAAAUGCGAAGAAGUAAUGCAUGGAAAUCUAAAUGAAAUAUUAAAGAGAUUACAGGUGGCCAACCAGAUGUUCCAUACAUUGCAGCAAACAGAACAGGAAGAAAGCCAGAUUCAACAUUUUUUACCCUCUUUUCCUCCUCAGCUUCAGACUGAGAAGCUAAGGGCUGCUGAAGCCCAAUGUAUAGCUGACUGGGAGGAAUUCAUGAAGGAACAGCACCGCCUGAAGACAAUGGUCAAUGAAGAGCAUGCAAAAGCUACGGAGCAUCUUAAAGAACAGUAUGCAGCUUUGGAGAAGGACCUCCCAAAACAGGCUCUCUAAGAAACUCUCUUCCGGCAUUUUUCAGCAGUUUUCAAGUUUCAGGAUUUCCAGGACAGUAUUAGAAUUUAGAUAAAAGUAACAGGGACUGAAACCAAGUGCUAAGUUGCAAUUGAAAUAGGUUCCUUGCACUGAGUAAUUGUUUCAAACACACACACACACACACACACACACACACGGUUUGGUAGCAGCAGCAACAGUAUUAUACUAUACUUCAACAAACCAGAUUAAGUGCACAGUUAAAAUCUAUUUACAAAAUGAAUAAUUAAUUACGUAUGUUUUGUUUGAGUCCUUUCAAUGAGCUCUCCUGUUACUUUCCCUGAAGAAUUAGCUUCUGUUGGAGGCAAGGAGGGGUCGUAAUGAUGUGCAGACAUGCAGCAAUGGCCUGACGUGUAGAGUAAUAACUGUAAAAGGCCACAUAACUUGGGAGUAUAAUAGUCUGAAGUCUAUGAAUGAAUUCUUUAUGUUACAAAGGUCAUCAGGAUAAGUUUUAAAAACCUUGAAAAAGAAGUCAUUAUUGCACUGAAAUUUGUUCUGGCUAAAGAGAAUGGGAGGGUAUUAGGUUGGCUGUCUUUGAGGUAUGCAGUUUUCCUAUUAGUGUUUCUG